UAUGUAUCUACUAGACAGGCAACCAGUUUAACAAUUUAUGUUACAACUGAUCAUUCUUGUACUUAUCAGAAUUAUUUACAAUUACCACGUAAAAUGUUUCUAAUACAAAAAGUUUUUAGAAAAUGUGGUUACGUUGUUUUGUUUGUGAUAUUUUUAGGCUAUGGACCUAUUCCUCCUUAUACGAAUUUCACUGAAGUAAUUCAGUUUGCUCCCACAAUCCCUUUAGAAGGAACCUUGGUACUAGAGGAUAAGUUAAAAACCUCCGAAUUGUACCACAAGGGUGAUUUGAUAGGAGCAGAAACGUUUGCUCAAUAUGACGGAGAAUUAUACGCAUCUCUAAUUAAAGGAGAAGUGGUUAGGUUAAAAGAAAACAACGAGAUAGAAACAGUUGUCAAAACUGGUAAUACAUGCAGAGGUUAUUUCGAAGAAAAAUUAUGUGGAAGAGCAAUGGGAAUAAAAUUCGAUAUACACGGCAAUCUUUUUGUAGCCGACGCUUAUUACGGCAUAUUCAAAGUUAACGUCAAAACAGGUACUAAAGAAUUGCUUAUAUCUCCGGACGAACAAAUCGGAGGGAAAAAACCGAAAGUAUUUAACAGUUUGGCUGUAGCAAAUAAUGGCGAUAUUUAUUGGAGUGAUUCGUCUUCGGAUUUUACAUUCGACGAUAUAGUUUAUGACAUAUUGUCCGAUUCAUCUGGAAGAUUAAUCCAUUACAACGCCACCUCCAGAGAAAAUACGAUACUAAUCGAUAAAAUGUCAUUCUCAAAUGGGGUUAUGUUAUCUGACGACGAAGAUUUCGUAAUCAAUUCUGAAUUACUAAGAAAUCGAAUCCAACGUUAUCAUUUAAAGGGAACGCUGAAAGGUACCGCUGAUAUUUUCAUCGACGGAUUACCUGGUAUGCCCGAUAAUAUCCAAUCGGAUGGUCGCGGUGGUUUUUUGGUCGCUUUAUAUAUGGGUAUCAGCGACGAUAACCCAUCGAUAAUACAAUUAUUAGCAAAUAAACCUUUCGUUAGAAAAAUUGCAGCGAAAUUCAUGGGAUUGAUCGAAUUUAUUUUCAAUAUAUUGAACGAGAUUUAUCCUACUGAUUUUUUUCAAAAAAUCACGCAUUUUAUUGGACACGGAUCUAGCAUGAAGAUAUUGAAUCCAUCGAGGGUAACAGUACUGAGACUUUCAAAGGAAGGUGGAAUAUUAGAUUGUUUACAUAAUCUCAACGGACGUAUAAGUCAACUUUCUGAAGCUUAUAUUUUCAAGGAUAAAUUGUAUUUUGGAUCGCCUUACAAUGAUUUUAUAGGGAGGAUUUUAUUAACAGAAGUUGGUUGGGGAAAAUUAAUACAAAAUUAACUCGGGAAAAGUGGGGAAGAUGAUUUGAAUUUACAUUAAAACAAUUUGCAAAUGUUACAA